ACUUUGAGCUUCCGGCAUCAGUGGUUUAGUGGUAAAAUCCAUCGUUGCCAUCGAUGGGCCCCGCGUUCGAUUCGCGGCUGAUGCAUUACUUUUUUCUUUCUUUUUUUCUUCACCUCAUUUUUUGUUAGUAGAUACACUGGCUCUGUUCUGGUACUUGUUGUCGUACGGAAAGGCUACUUGAAGUGCCACACUUCUGGUUGAAAUAUUUAUUCGAUGAGUAUUAUUCACUAUUAAUAGGGGCUUGAGUAUACCAAUAGCGACGAUUAUCUCACUAUUGAGUGAUAUAUCGUGGUGUUGGACAGAAUCGAGCUCGCAUUAUUCAAGGCGAAGACGGCGGUCGCAAUUGGGUUCAUUGGACUAAUAGUAGGGAAAGUAAAACCGGGCCGGGCUAGACAAGUACCUAGCGCCCCCGUGGUUGUGAGCCAGUGUUCUAAGUCCUGUUGAGUUCGCACCGUUUGGGUAUGAUAGAUUUCUACGCCAGCUCCUCGACGUCCAGACAGAAAUAGUUGGUCCAAAUGAGUAUGGAAGCGUUGCAAGCAGGUAUCUUGUCCUAUAAGGACAAGCAUUAGAAAUGGCCGGGGCGAAACCGACGGGAAGAUGCACCUAAAGGACGCCCCUAGAACUAGAUUACCUGGGCCAGAAGUCUUAUGGAAUAAAGUGUUCAAUCGUGUUAAGGACAAUGGAAUGGUCCGAUUUCCCGACCCCGAGAUUCGCGCUGGGCGAAAGCAUAAGCUGCCGGAAAUAGAGAAGUUGUACUUGUUGCCUCGCGUGUCGUGCCUUAUUUUAGGGAGAGACGAGGAUUCUGAUAUUAGAGUCCAGAUCUACCUAGGUAAGACUAGGAUGGAGACGGUCUAUCCUAUUCAAAUGAUGCACUACACACCCGUGGUGCAUACCAACAUACCUAGCAUACCUCCUACAUAGAGACAGAUAACCUCAGAGCUACCAACCACCAGGUGACUGGAAAACCCGAUAACCUCUUCGUGUAUGUAGGCGAAUCGAUUUAGAAGUUGUAGUUGAGAUUGAGAAUUCUCAAGAGGUAAUCUUGAAGUCGUAAUUGAGUGGUGAGUGG